AUGAGCAUACCUUCAUGGACAGCAUCAGAUAAAUUGUAUAUUGGUUGAUUUGAUGGAACUUGAGGAACUUCUCACACUUUCAAAGCGCAUAGUAUAACAAUCCACUCAGACAAAGACUUCAUGACCUCUAAUACCCUCCAAGACAUUCCCUUCAACGAAUGGUUUACUUCCUGCAUCACUGGCACUCGUGACUGGGGGGAAGACUGAGAUGACAGGAAUUAUAAUACUGGGGAUGGCUGCACUCCAGGAUGUGCAGUAGAGGCUAACUGGGUUUGUAGUGGAGGAAGUACUAGUACUCAAGAUACUUGUGCAGAUGACUGUGGAGAUGGGGUUAAUGUCCAGAGUUCGGUUGUGGGGUAUUGAGAUGAUGGUAAUAAUAGUGAUGGAGAUGGAUGUGAUCAGAAUUGAAAUGUAGAGGAUGGCUAUGUUUGUAGCGGAGGGAGCAUGAGUAGUGCAGAUACUUGCACUAUGUCUUGUGCUUCUGCAACUCCACCAGCUGAUCCAACUAUUUAUUGUAAAGAUAGGAAUAUUGAUCCUGGAGAUGGAUGAGACUCUUCUUGUAAAGUAGAGAGUGGGUAUACUUGCUCUUGGGAUAGUGUAAGUCUUGCUAGUGUUUGAGCUGAUACAUGUGGAGAUGGAGCUGUUAUGACUCCUACUCAAGGAUAUUGAGAUGAUGGAGAUAGUGAUGACAAUGAUGGUUGAAGCUCAACUUGUGCGGUAGAAGCUGGCUGGUCCUGUUCGCUCGGAGACUCUUCUACUGCUAGUACUUGAUCAGAUUCUUGAGGGGAUGGCAAGGUAAUGAACUUGAUUGCUGGAUACUGAGACGACGGAAAUACCGCCACUGGUGAUGGCUGAAGCGACACCUGCCAGAUUGAACCGUACUGGGAAUGAACACUCGGAGACUCCUCAACCGCAAGCAUAUGAUCUGACAUCUGCGGAGACUCAAGAGUAGUCAAGCCUACUGUCGGAUACUGCGAUGAUGGAGAUAGAGUUAACGGUGAUGGGUGUAGUUAUGGAUGACUAGUUGAGUCAGGAUGGCAAUGAACUCUUGGAGAUGCAGCUACUGCUUCAGUCUGUUCGGAUGACUGAGGAGAUGGCAAAGUCAUGAGUGUUCAAGCUGGGUAUUGAGAUGAUGGUGGUAAUGAUGAUGGGGAUGGCUGUAGCUCAACGUGAGUUGUAGAGACUGGGUGGACUUGUACAUCUGGAGAUUCUUCUACAGCGAGUACUUGAUCUGAUACUUGAGGAGAUGGCAAAGUCAUGGAUUCUCAAGCUGGUUAUUGUGACGAUGGAGGAAAAACAAAUAAUGAUGGAUGUAGUUCAUCUUGAGCUGUUGAGUCAGGAUGGACAUGCACAUUAGGAGAUACUUCAACUGCUUCAGUAUGUACAGACGAUUGUGGAGAUGGAAAGGUCAUGGAUCCAGCUUCUGGUUACUGUGAUGAUGGUGACAAUGAUGAUAAUGAUGGUUGAAGCUCAACAUGAGCAGUUGAGCCUGGAUGGAUUUGUACAACUGGAGACUCAACAACAGCAAGUUCUUGCUCAGAUAAUUGUGGAGAUAGCAAAGUCAUGAAUCCUCAAUCUGGUUAUUGAGAUGACGGAAGUUAUGGUGAUGGAGAUGGAUGAAAUUCGACCUGUGAAGUAGAGACUGGUUGGGAAUGUACACUUGGAGACUCUUCAACUUCCAGUUCGUGCUCUGACAAAUGCGGAGACGGGAAAGUAAUGAUUUCUUCUUCUUUAUAUUGUGACGAUGGAAACAAUGAUUCUGGAGAUGGUUGAAGUGAUACUUGACAAAUUGAAUCUGGGUGGACUUGAACAUCCGGCAAUCAAAAUACAGCUUCAGUAUGUAUAGAUUCUUGCGGUGAUGGGCUGGUCAUGAAUCCUCAAGCAGGGUAUUGUGAUGAUGGUGGUGACGUUGAUAACGAUGGAUGAAGCUCAAAUUGUGAGGUAGAAGUAGGAUGGGAUUGAACACUAGGAGAUUCAACAACUUCAAGUGUCUGUUCAGAUAAAUGAGCUGAUGGUAUUAUAGUUGAUCCCAAAAUUGGCUAUUGAGAUGAUGGAAACACUAUAAAUGGAGAUGGAUGUGAUUCAAGCUGUGGUGUUGAACCUAAUGUAAGUUGAACUAUUGGAGACUCUACAACUGCAAGUGUCUGCACUGAUAUAUGUGGAGAUGGCUUUAUCAGCAUCAAUACUCUUUUGUCCACAUAUUGAGAUGACGGAAAUAACAAUGAUGGAGAUGGAUGAAGUUCUAUCUGUGAAGUUGAGAGUGGUUGGGAAUGAACCCAAGGAACAUCUUCCACACAAAGUGUUUGAACUUCUUCUAAUUACACUCAGACUAAAUGUUCUGUAUCUUACUGCGAAACUUGUUCUUUAAACUCUAGAGAUAUUUGAGAUACAUGUGAAGAUGGCUUCCAAUUACUGAAAGAUGGAACUUGCAGAGAUGUGCAAGUUUCGACCAGCGUUCAGAAAAUGUCAAAAGGUACUCAAGCUGUAGUUGGAGUAGGAUCAGUUGCUGCCAUUGCUGCUUCCAUUCUCAAUGGAGCUUCCCCUUGAGCAAUCUGGUCAAUGGCAAAUCAACUGCAACUACUGUUAUUGCUGCUCCUGACUCAGUCUUCAUUGCCAUCUGAUGUCAGAGGCUACAUUAUCAAUAACUCAAUGUUUUCAUUCAGUAUGGACUUCGAUUUCAUUCCGCUUAAAACCAACUUUUUGACUAAGGUUCCUCUGGACUGGAUGAGCAAAGGUCAGACCAACCUCGAACUCGAAGACAUGGGGCAAGAGUCCGGAAGUUCGUUCAACAACAACUUUAGCUUUGCUUUUUAUCUUAUUCUUGGAUGUAUGUUCCACUGUGUGUUAUGUUUACUUCCAAGAAAACUUGAUUACCAACCAAGAAAUUUCAAGGAAAGAGUGAUUAAAUUUAUUGGUGGAUUGUGGAAAUCAUUCACAUUUGGGUUUUAUCUGAGAUUUAUACUAGAAGGAUUCCAAAAUAUUCUCUUGUCUAGUGUCAACGAACUGAAGCAUCAUGAUUUAAGUACAGUGAGUUUGCAAGUGUCAACAGCUAUCUCUGGAGCCUUCUUGUUGUUGCUUGUGCUCAUUAUGGGCCUGUCUGCAGCUCAAAUAUUCAAGAUUUCUGAUCCAGAUGAACAUUCCAAAUGUGGAGAAUUAGUUGCCGGGCUCAAAAAUACCAAAUUAUCAAAGGCUUACACAACACUGUUGAUAUCUAGGAGGAUCAUGUUCUGCACCUGGCUCAUCAUGUUUGAGUAUCUCGGGAACUCCAUUAUUGUCUGUGGUAUGCUUUGAAUGCAGACAUGAUACACUCUGUACAUGCUGAUUGUAAGGCCAUUCGAAGAUAAAACUAACAGCCUAAUAGAGUGUAUCAACGAAGUGUUCUUUACUUGAUUUUUAAUUUAUUUGUUAAGGUUUAAUUCGGUGAGUACAUGGAAUGAUAAGUCUUCAAGCAUGUACAUUCUGUCAAUGGUUUGCAACAACCUGAUUGUUGUGACCAUUGUUUUUAGUAAGCCUUUUUAUAAUCCAUAG